CUUCCGGUUCCUUCCCUCCUUUAGACUACAAUUCCCGGCGGGCUGAGCGCUUGGCAGCCGCCCUGUCGGAUAUCCCGUAGGAAGGCAGAAUUGAGUCGGGGGGCUGAAGCAGCUUCCCGGGGGCUCUGCGGGCAGCAGCGGCAGGAGGGGGACUCGGGAGCCAUCAUGAUCCGCUUUAUCCUGAUUCAGAACCGGGCCGGCAAAACCCGCCUGGCCAAGUGGUACAUGCAGUUUGACGAUGACGAGAAGCAAAAGCUGAUUGAGGAGGUGCACGCGGUGGUUACCGUCCGAGACGCCAAGCACACGAAUUUUGUGGAGUUCCGAAACUUCAAGAUCAUCUACCGACGUUACGCGGGGCUCUACUUCUGCAUCUGCGUGGACGUCAACGAUAACAAUCUAGCUUACCUCGAGGCCAUUCACAACUUUGUGGAGGUUUUGAACGAGUACUUCCACAACGUCUGUGAGCUGGACCUGGUCUUCAACUUCUACAAGGUCUACACGGUGGUGGACGAAAUGUUCCUUGCUGGGGAAAUCCGGGAAACGAGCCAAACGAAGGUGUUGAAGCAGCUGCUGAUGCUGCAGUCGUUGGAAUGAUUUGGGUGGGUGGGUGUCUCAUCCGCUGCCUCUUUUGGGGGGGGGCAGCUCUUCUUCCUCUGACCCGGCCGCUUCCUGCCAGCCCUUCCUCUCUUCCCCUCCAGCGCCCCCAAUCACAGAUUUGCUCGCUCCGUAACCCAGAGCCGAAGGCUGGCAGGGAGGAAGCGUUUGGGGAAGGGGCUCCGUUGGGGUGUCUCUUCUGUGCCCCCCCCCUGCCUGUGGAAGAGAGAGAGCUGGCAAAUUGGGCCUGGCUCGCCUCUUUGGUCAAAAGAGGGGGGGGGGUUUGGAGAGGAGGGAGCUCCUAACCUCCCUGCCACCCACCCACCCACCUAUCCUUGUCAUUUGAUCUCCCACUGCUCUCCACUUUCCCUGUUGCUGGUCUGUUGCCCCCUCCCCUUCUGGCCAUCCAUGUCAACGUGUUGUUCUGCAGAAGAAGGACCACGUCUCUGUGAGUGUGUGUGUCUGUGUGUUUGUGUGUCUGUGACUACAGGCACCUGUAAUAAGUGGAUUUGAGUGAUUCAACUGCCAGUAAAGUGAUGUCUUGAAAUAAACCAUCCAUCCAACACUGAAAAAAAGAGAUGUUGCUCAUUUGAA